AUGGGCAAAUCUCGCAGAAGUCGUGGCCAAGCUGCCCGCAAAGACCCCAUCUCAAAGACCAUCAAACCUCCCUCAGACCCUGAACUCGCUGCCCUAAGAGAGUCCAAGAUUCUCCCCGUCAUCGGCGAGCUCAAGAGCGCUGACCCAAAGGCUCGCUCCGCUGCUGCCUCUGCCAUAUCCAACAUCAUCCAGGACGAGAAGUGCCGCAAGCUGCUGCUGCGUGAGCAGAUUGUUCAUACCCUCACUACACAGACUCUCACUGAUGCUGCUCUCGAGAGCCGAGCUGCUGGUUGGGGCAUCUUGAGGGUUCUUGCGCAGGAGGAGGAGCCUGAUUUCUGUGUUCAUCUUUACCGUGUUGAUAUUCUUACUGCGAUUGAAUUUGCCGCCAAGUCGGUCACUGAGAUUCUGCUGUCUAAAGACCUAGAAUUCCAAAAACGCUCAAAGCCUGAGCAAACCACAAUCCUCAGCAUUGUCUCAUCGCUUGUCUCACUUCUCACUGCUCUUGCCGAAGCUCAGGAUGAGAUCCUUGAAGCCAUCUCCCGCAACGCCACCAUCACCCGUUUCCUCUUCCUCCUUACUUCAGACGAGCUCGCCAGCAACCCCGAGAUCGUCUCACUAAGAAGCGAUGCUCUCGCCUGUCUCAUGAUUCUAUGCGAGGACAAUGAGGAGCUUUCUGAGAAGGUUAUCAACACCAAGGAGCACCGCACAUAUGGUACUCUGCUGUCCCUGCGCAAGACGGCCAACAGCGAUGGUGUUCUCACUUGUGGUGUCCUUUACAACAUCUUUGCCUCUCUCGAGGAACAGGACAUCGCUCUUGGAGCCGACAAGUCACUUCUCAUCCCCACUCUCUCUCAGGUUCUCAAAGCGUUUGAACCAGGCCAAACGUCCGAUGCUUCGGGCUGGGCAAACCCUGUCGAGUAUCAGCAGCUUGCUCUGGAGAUCCUAGCUUCCAUCGGAACAACUCUCAACACAUCAGUUGAAGCUGAGCCUCAAAAGGAGGAGAAGCCCGACGACAAUGAGGAUGAGGAGAUGGGUGAUGCAGACGAGGAAAUGUCCGACGGCGAGGAAGAGGGUGGUGAAGAUGGCGAGGAGGAGAUGGACGACGAUGAGCUGGAAGCUGAUAUGGAGAUGGUUACCGGUGCCGACAGAAAUGAGGAGGACAGCAACAUUGACGACCUUCCCAUCCUCAAAACUCUCAUCGACAACGCCCUCCCUCAACUCAUCCGCAUCGCCUCCCUCUCACCCGUUGACGACAACUCCCUCCGCCUACAAGGCCUCGCCCUCUCCGCCCUCAACAACAUUGCCUGGUCUGUCUCCGUCAUCGACUUUGCCGAUUCUGACAACCUCCCUAUCCAAAACGCCUGGGACCCUGUCGGCCGUGCCCUCUGGACCGAGGUUAUCGCCCCCAUUCUCGCCACCGACACCGCCGACAUCGACCUUGCAACUCAGAUCACCAGCCUAGCCUGGGGUGUCGCUCGUUCUCUCCGAGACCGACCAAACAUGCCUUUUGCCGAUGAGCACCGCCGCUUCAUCGCUCUCUACCAGGCCACAAAGGGCUCCCCUGUCGCCCAGGACUCAGAAGACCCCUUUCAGUCCCUCAGCGUCAAGUGCAUCGGUGUCCUUGGCCAGCUGGCUCUUGAGCCCGCACCCGUUGCUCGAAACCGCGACAUCGGUACUUUCCUAAUCACUAUCCUUGCGGGUCUGCCCGACACGCCAACUGCCGAUGCAGUUGAGGCUCUCAACCAGCUCUUCGACAUUUAUGCCGAUGAGAACUCAUCCUACGAGAAGGAUGUUUUCUGGAAGAACAACUUCUUGAAGCACCUGGAGGAGACAAUUCCCAAGACGCGCGCUAUGAUCAAGGCUAUCGACAGGCGUGCCAGCACCGAGCUGCGCCAGCGCGCAGAGGAAGCCGUAUUGAACUUGAAUCGUUUUGUGGCAUACAAACAAAAGAACAAGCCAGAGGCGUAA